GGUUGCGUAGCAGCUGCGAGGACGCGGACCCAGCCGGAAGCGGAGUGCGGCGCCGAGUGAGCCCCGGCUGGCCCGUGGGACAACGACAAGACCCCACACGCACGCAGCUACCCCGGGCUGAACAGCCAGGAGCCAAUGGCCAGCGACAAAGCCCAACCCUGUGAGCUGGACCAAGAGAAAUACGAUGCUGAUGACAAUGUGAAGAUCAUCUGCUUAGGGGACAGCGCUGUGGGCAAGUCCAAACUUAUGGAGAGGUUUCUCAUGGAUGGAUUGUAUCCUUCAAGGUUUGCAGUGUUCCUUGUUCCUGUGGCCCUUCCCCCCUCACGCCAACUCAACCUCACUGUUCACCCCUUUGCUGCAGUGGUCCAGGGAGGAGGGAUAGACUUUUGGGACACAGCUGGCCAGGAGCGGUUCCAGAGCAUGCACGCCUCCUACUACCACAAGGCCCACGCCUGCAUCAUGGUGUUUGAUGUGCAGAGGAAAGUGACCUACAAGAACCUGAGCACUUGGUAUACAGAGCUUCGGGAGUUCAGGCCAGAGAUCCCAUGCAUCGUGGUGGCCAAUAAAAUUGAUGCAGACAUAAAGGUGACCCAAAAGAGCUUCAAUUUUGCCAGGAAGUUCUCCCUUCCCCUCUACUUUGUCUCAGCUGCUGAUGGUACCAAUGUCGUGAAGCUCUUCAAUGAUGCGAUUCGAUUAGCUGUGUCUUACAAACACAACUCCCGGGACUUCAUGGACGAGGUUUUGCAGGAGCUUGAGAACUUUGAUUUGGAGCCGAAGGAGGAAGUGCCAGACCAAGUGCAGCGUGGCAACAUCGAGAGCCCCUCCCCUUCCUGAGUCAGAGACAGAAGCCUCUCUCCUCGCAGACUUUGGCGGGGGGUGUCUUUCAGAAUACCCUCCCCUCCGCAACUCUCCAUCUAUGAAUUGGAAAAUUCUUGCAGGCCAUCUACCUCCUGCAAGCCCACCCAUUCCGCUUGCCUCCCCCACUCCAGGGCCCAUGAUUCCUGCCGCUUCCACACUUGUCUCUCCCCCUGUACUCAGGGACCAGGAUGGGGUCUGCACCAGCAAGCACCCUUGACAGGUGUGAGAGGUCCACAGCGGACCCUGAAGCAGAAUUAGAGAUCAGUAGCGCCCCCGGGUGUGUGGAGGCAGGGAAGAGCUUCAGGGAGCAGCUCUGCGUGUCUCUCAACUAAAAGGAAGUUGAGAUGUUUUCUCUCCCAGAACUGACCUCAGGGCUUAUUCAUUGCCUUUCCACCAAGGGAAUGAUUUCUAAUCCCUGACGGCCCCUCUUCCCAUCCCUACAGAUCAGGGGGGCUGCAUUUUUUUUCCUCUUUAGUCUCCCAACCAACUUUUUUUCAGAGAUGGUGUUGAGCAGACAGCUGUUCUAUCACCGGACAGGUUUGCCAUUAAAGCUCAGGGAGACAGGUGACAAGUCCUGCCACCCUUGGCAGUACCAGGAAGCACACCCAUUUGGGUUAUAAGAAGAGCUUCCCUUUGAAGUCCCCGUUUCAGCAGAUGAUGCUUUCCUGCCUUUUUUUUUUUUUUUUUUUUUGAGGACUGUUAUGGGUGCUGCCUUGUGGGGCUGGGAGAGGGGCCACCCUGCUGCCUUUCCCACUUCUCUCUGGGACUCGUGGUUAACUGGGUGUUCAUGGGAUCAUCUUGCACAUCAUUUCUGUUGUUUUCAUUUUUAUAGUAAAUCUUGAAUUAACAUAAACAUUGCAUGUGUGUGCUUGUGGGUCUGGAUUUCACUGAGCAAAAAGCCACAGAAGAACUUGUAAUCACCCGCUAGGUAGUGAGGGAAGUGCCAUGAUCUGCCAUGCAAGGGCAGCCUGGUCAGCUCUGCUGUAAUGGAGACCACUGCAAUGGAAUUGAGCGUUUUGGGUUUUUGUGUUUUGUAAGAUUUUAUUAGAACAUAAGUGAGGGGAGGGGCAGAGGGAGAGGGAGAAGCAGGCUCCCCGCUGAGC